AUGAGAGCAUCAAAAUUCACAAGCCUUUCAGUGGUGCGUGAGCUUGAUGUCCUCGAGAAAACAAGGGCAUCAAAGAUCAGAUUGCGCACAGGAUUCCCAAGCAGCAUAACUACUUGCCCCACAGAUGUAUUAGAAAUGAUACCUUGGGACGGAUGUAAAGCUAAGCAAAUUGCCUCUGCUCCAAGAACAGAAGAUUGUGUAGAAUCCACAACCCAAAGGGAAACAACGGCAGGACAAAUCCCAGCCAAGCUGUUCCUCAUCCUCUUCUACCUCCACCUCUUCCUCAUCUCAAUCUUGAUCAUCUUCCUCACCAUCCGAAGCCUCGUUUCCCCUUCAAGUUCAUACUACUUAUCCUACCCUCUUCAUUGGUACAUCCCACUCCUCACUUCCACCACAUGUUCUUCCAUUAUUGCACUCCUAUGGCAGCUCUUCACCCGCUGCAACCCAUCAAGAGCCAUAAAAACCGCAUUUUGGGUAAGCCCUUUAUUGACAUUGGCUGCCGGAAUCCUCCUAAUAGUCAUCGGCACCACCGGUAGCUUGGUAGCCGCUAUAGCUGCUAUCAUUUUUGCUCUUAUUCAAUCCCUCUACGCCUGCUGGAUCGUGCGCCGAAUUGAUCAUACAAUUAAGGCUUUAUCAAUCUCACUCAAAGCACCCACUUCAGGGAAGACCAAGUUCAUCUUUUUAUCGAUCCUCGUUAGUGCCAUUUACUCUUCUUUUGCCGUUGCCGGCAUCGGCGGCGCUACUGUUGGAACUGGGUCCCUCUUAAACGCCCUCUUCGUGUUCGCCAUUCUUGUUAGCUUGUCAUGGACAAUGCAAGUAAUUAGGAACAUCUCUCAUGUCUCAGUCUCGCGUGUUGGGUACCUCUACUUUGCUAAUGGGAUUGAAUUCAACAUAUCUGGGGCUUACCAUGACACGAUUAAGUACUCCAUCGGGAAUGUUUGUCUGGGUUCAGCUAUUGUCCCUGUUCUUGGGAUCAUAAGGGGCUCGGCGAGGUCAAUAAGCUUGGUUGCAGGGGACACGGAUGAGUUCCUCUUCUCUUGUGCCAAUUGCUAUUCAGGUGUUGCUGCAAGGCUUGUGGCUUACGGGAAUCGAUGGGGAUUCGUUCAUGUGGGCGUCUACAAUAAAGGUUUCGUGCGGGCAUCGAUGGAUACAUGGGAGAUGAUUAGACGAACAGGGUUGGAAUCUGUAAUUGACUCGGAUCUCACUGGAUCAUUCUGCUUCCUCUGUGGAGUUGCAGCGGGAUCGGCUUGUACCCUUGUGAGUGGGUCGGGGGCUCUCGCCAUGAGAAGCAGCUAUGCUAAUGAAGUCUCGAUUUAUGCCUUCUUGAUUGGUUAUUUCAUGUGUCGGAUUGCUAUGUCAUGGCCUCAAGCAUGCGUGUCAGCAUACUUUGUGGCAUACGCAGACAACCCACAGAGCCCUGGGUUCGAUUCAACAAUCCCAGAUCGCAUUAGAGAGCUGCAGCCGGUGGUGUAGAGCUUAAUGUACUUGGGAGGGUUCAAGAUUGCUCCUUGCUCUGCCUGUUCCAAAGGAAUCUAUGAUUCAAUGUGGUUCCUUCAUCAAAUAUAUAAUUCCUUUGUGAUGAAGGAUGGCAAAGGAGGAGAGAACGAAAAUGAGUGUCUUUAUGGGAGAAGACAAUAAAUUUGCCCCAAGCCUCAAUUUGUUUGCAUGUAAAGUUCACUUUUUAAGUUUUAUUGGAAAGGAUUGCAGCUCCUGUAGGUGAUUCAUACCCUUAUGGCCUUCAAUGAGCAGAAAAGGUAUAAAGGGUAUUUUCAUAAUGGAGAGGGUUCUCCAAGCGAGAGCCGAUCAAGUCCUCAUAUGAGAAUCUGAUCCAACCAACUCUGUGGUGGAUUCCAUUUCUGUGGAUCAGACUGUAGCCGGUACUCGUACAAGAACCUGAUCCACACUCUCUCCAAGCAGGGUAGUCUACAGUCUGUACCCUCUCACAUCGAUUUUUUAUUGUUCUUUUUUUCUAAACAAAAUAUAUAAUGAUCUCAUGUGAGGAGGCACAAUGUAUGCCUUAAGCUUAGAGAAUCUUUUCCUUUUCCCAUUCAUAAUCAUGCUUAUGAUGUCUAAUAUUGCACCAAAAAGGGAAAUCAUGUCUAAUAAGAUUUUUGAGAUUUUGUUUC